GGUUCUUGCCUUGGUCCCCUGCUUUACGUCAUCUACGCAUCUAAACUGUUUGGCAUCAUCGAAAAGCAUCUUCCAGAUGCUCACUGCUUUGCAGAUGACUCCCAGCUAUAUUUGGCAUUUAAGCCUGAUAGCUAUAUGGAGCAGAACAAAGCCUUAGCUGCGAUGGAAAACUGUAUACGUGACAUCCGCUCAUGGAUGAGAAACGACAGACUCUUAUUGAAUGAUGACAAAACCGAAUUCCUCAUUAUAGGUACUAAACAGCAACUUGCCAAAGUGAAUAUUUCUCAGAUCAAAAUUGGUGAUUUAGUCGUAGAUAAGUCGAAAGUUGUUAGAAAUCUAGGAUCCUGGUUUGAUGAAAGAUUCAUCAUGGAAACGCACAUUAAUAAAGUAUGCAAAACAGCUUUUUAUCAUCUCCACAAUAUUAGAAGAAUUAGAAAAUACCUAUCACCUGAGUCAGCGGAAAUUCUGGUUCACGCGUUUAUCACCACAAGGUUGGAUUACUGCAAAAGUUUGAUGUUUGGAGUGCCGCAGUAUGAGCUGGCCAAAUUACAACGGGUGCAGAAUGCUGCGGCCAGGCUUAUCUGUAAACUACCUGCCUCGUCCCCAGGCGCUAAUAAAAAAUUUCAUGCGAGUCACUAUAUGAAAGGUUUACAUGAAGUAGUGCGUCGCGACGAACAAGCGCAGGGGUUUAUGGGCUUGAGGCAUCGACGCUCAUAUCCCACUCCCCUUUGCGCGCCUAUAAUGUGACGCACUACUUCAUGUAAACCUUUCAUAUAGUGACUCGCAUGAAAUUUUUUAUUAGCGCCUGGGGACGAGGCAGGUAAACUACCUAGAUUUUGCCACAUUACACCUGUACUUUGUAGUCUCCACUGGCUUCCAAUUAAUUAUCGUAUCGAAUUUAAGAUUUAAUAAUCACGUUCAAGGCAAUUCAUGGCCGUAUUGCGCCUGAUUAUAUUUGCAACAUUGUAAACGUUAAAAAGCCUUCAAGGAACAAUUUACGUAAUAAUGAAGAGACCUUACUAGUACCACCACCUGGCAAAUCACUUGUGACAUUGGGAGAUAGAGCAUUUGCAUCUGCUGCCCCCAAACUAUGGAACUCUUUGCCCAAGGCUAUUAGGGCCACUAAUUCAUUAUCAACCUUCAAGAGCAAUAUCAAGACUCUGCUUUUUAACCGUGCUUUUAAUGCUUAGAUAUCUUCUGAUUAUUGUAAUAUUUUAUUCUCAUCCACCU